CUGUAACCUUCCUAUGAUCUUCUCUUCUUCUUCCUCAUACACAAACACAAAACUCCAAUAAUUCAAUUCACACUUGUAUACAUAAAUAUAUACCAAUAAAAAACCUUAUCACUUGUCAGUUAUCAUCACCAUCUCCUCACUACAUCUAAUUACAAGGUCACUAUCUCCAUCUCCAUGGGCAGUACUUCUUGGAAGCAGAAAUUGAUGAAAGAGCUCGUUGAUGGGCAGGAAUCUGCAACCCAAUUGCAGGUUCUCCUUCAAAAGCCCUUUAGUGAAAAUGGGUCCUCUCAAUUUUCAUCAGGGGAUGAGCAUUUGGUGAAGAUCUUGGGAUCCUUCACUGAGUCUCUCUCUCUGUUGAUGAUGAUGGGUUCUAGUAAUAAUUGUGAGUCUGACAACAAUAAUUCACAAGCGGGUUCUGGCUCAGUGUGUUGUGACCACGAGAGUAGGAGUUCUGAUGAGAAUUGUAGUGAGAGUAGGAAAAGAGUCCCUUCUUUGAAGGAUAAGAGAGGCUGCUACAAGAGAAAAAAGAACUCACAAUCAUGGACAACAGUCUCUUCCACUGUCGACGAUGUCUAUGCUUGGAGAAAAUAUGGCCAAAAGGAGAUUCUAAAUGCUAAAUACCCAAGGAGUUACUUUAGAUGCACUCACAAGUAUGAACAAGGUUGCAAAGCUACAAAGCAAGUCCAGAGAAUGGAGGAUCAACCAGAGAUGUUCCAGACAACUUAUAGUGGCAAUCACACAUGCAGAAAUGUUGUCAAGGCCCCUCCAAAUAUCAAAAUAGACCCAGAAUCUUGUUGGGGACCUUGUGUUCUUACUCCAGAAUCAAAGAUUCCGACAACAAUAAAACAAGAGCCCUCCAAGGGAGAAGAGAUCCCAAGUGGUGCUGAUGGUGAUGAACUGAACAGCAGUUUGUGGAAGGAUCUAAUGCCUUUUGAGUACUCAUGCGAGCCUGCAUCAAUGGUUUCUAAUGUGUAUUCUUGCUACACAGAUAUCACUUUUCAAGAUAGUUUGGACAUUGAUUCAGUCACUUUUGACAGUGAUUUUACCUUUGAUAUUUGAGGGAGUAAUCUGCAGGUUUUUUUUGAUCCUUCUCCUGUAAUGUGUACUAUAUAUGUAUACAUAUAUAGCUUAUUAAGGCAAAUUCUCUUGUAUCUUUGUAUUGAUGACCUUUAAAUUUGUGGAAUAAUAACAUCAUUUGAGGAA